AAUGGAGAGCCUGAGGGGAGCGGAAACCAAGUCAGAGAGAACCCAAAGAAAAGCCACUCAGGAUUGUGAAAGUCCCGAGAAGUUAGGCCACUUCCACUGGGGUUAGAGUUGGCUGGGGUGGGCUGAUAAGAAGGAACUGUACUCCCAAGAUACUCGGUGACAGGGCCGGGGAGAAGACCCACAGCUGGGCUGACGAGGAAAGAGGCCUAGAGGUCUGAAAGAGGAGGACCUCGGUGUUCAGAUGCUCUAUGUCUCACUGCGAGGGCUUCUACGGACCCGAAUUCUGCUGUCUCAGGGAAGGGGGCUGGCGCCUGCACUCCUCAGUCUGAGAGAGGAGGGACGGUCCAGAAAUCUAAGACUUUCAAACAGCACCCACUCAGAGGGCGGAGCCUGACUGUACCUGGAGGGGCAGCACACUCCCUUUCCCAGGCUGCCUUGCUGUUGUGAGGUAUAAAAGGGUCGGAUUUCCUGGUGAGACAGUCUCUAGGGGAUCUCCAGCCACAACCUGGAAAUGAGCCCUUCACCACUGCUGGCCGUCCUGGGGAUCACCUUCUUGCUGCCCAGUGUCCACACACUGAGCUGUCAGUGGGGCACAAUAGAGGUGGUAAGGAACGUAUCAGAGCUGCCGCUCCAGUGGACAACUUCGCAGACAGACUGUGAACUCAACGAAGGUUGCCAAGAAACACUGGUACUCGUAGAAAAUGGCCCCCAGGUGAAGUUGGUGCUGUCCAAGGGCUGCACGACACGAGAGGACCAAGAGGCCAAAGUCACCGAGCACAGGGCAGGACCUGGGCUCUCCAUCACCUCCUACACCCGCGUGUGCCGCCACAGAGACUUCUGCAAUGACCUGUCCUCCACAGUCCCACUCUGGACCUCACCUUCUGAUGCAGUCCCAGGGAGCCUGCGGUGCGCCCUCUGCUUUUCUAACGGGGACUGCCCAGAAAAUGCCCCCCAGCACAUCUGCCCAGCAGGGUACACUCACUGCUACAAGGGAGUGCUCAAGCUCAGGGGAGGGGGCAUUGCCACCAAUCUGAGAGUCCAGGGCUGUAUGCCCCAGCCAGGCUGCAACCUGCUCAAUGGGACCCAGGUCAUCGGGUCCCUGGAUGUGAGUGAGAACUGCAGACCCAGGUCAGGUAUGGAGAUUCUGGAAUGCAAGAAGGGAAACAUAGAAACCAUCAGAGAUGUUUCAGAUCUUCCAGUACACUGGACAACUGGCUGGCAGGCCUGUGGGAUCGGCGAGGGGUGCCAAGAAACGGUGGUUCUCAUAGUGAACGGGCCCCAAGCGAACGUGGUGAUCAACAAGGGCUGCACUAAGGCACAGGACCAGGAGCCCCGAGUCACCUGGCACAGGGCUGGCCCCGGGCUGUCUGUGGUCUCCUACACCCGAGUGUGCCGCCAUAGGGACUUCUGCAAUGACCUGUCUACCACAGAGGCUUUCUGGACCCCACCUGCGUCCGAAGGUGCCAGAGGGAGCCAACAGUGCCCCAUCUGCCUUUCUAAUCAUGACUGCCCAGAAAAUGCCCCCCAGCAGAUCUGCCCAGCAGGGUUCACUCACUGCUACAAUGGAGUGGUCAGCCUCAGGGGCGGGGGCAUCUUCACCCAUCUGAGAGUGCAGGGCUGUAUGCCCCAGCCAGGCUGCAACCUGUUUAAUGGAACCCAGAAAAUUGGGCCUAUAGGUGUGAGUGAAAAGUGCAAUUCAAAAUCCGGUGCACACAGAAGAGACUGUAAUUGGGGUACAUUACAGAUCGUGAGGGAUGCUUCAGAACUGCCGCUCAAAUGGACGGCUGGGGAGAUAACCUGUGACGUUGGUGAUGGUUGCCAAGAAACAGUGAUGCUCAUAAAGAACGGCCCCCAAGUGAACUUGGUGCUCUCCAAGGGCUGCACGACACGAGAGGACCAAGAGGCCAAAGUCACCGAGCACAGGGCAGGACCUGGGCUCUCCAUCACCUCCUACACCCGCGUGUGCCGCCACAGAGACUUCUGCAAUGACCUGUCCUCCACAGUCCCACUCUGGACCUCACCUUCUGACGCAGUCCCAGGGAGCCUGCGGUGCGCCCUCUGCUUUUCUAACGGGGACUGCCCAGAAAAUGCCCCCCAGCACAUCUGCCCAGCAGGGUACACUCACUGCUACAAGGGAGUGGUCAGGUUGGGAGGAGGGGGCAUCGCCACCAAUCUGAGAGUCCAGGGCUGUAUGCCCCAGCCAGGCUGCAACCUGCUCAAUGGGACCCAGGUCAUCGGGUCCCUGGAUGUGAGUGAGAACUGUAGCCCUAGAGCAGCUAUUCUGACCUGUAAUCGAGGGGUCAUGCUGCAGAUGGCGAGAAGCUUGUCUCAAGAACCCAGGGAAUGGACGACAAAUGCGCAAGAGAACUGUAAACCUGGGGAGGUGUGUCAGGAGACGCUGCUGCUCAUAGACGUAGGACACAAAGCACUCCUCGCAGGGAGCAAAGGCUGCAGCAGUCCUCAGAGACAGGAUGCUCCCACUGUCCUCGUUCACUCCGGGCCCCCUGGAGUGCUGGUCGCCUCCUAUGCCUGGUUCUGCUCCUCCAUCCUGUGCAACAGCGCCCAAAGCAGCAGCGUCCUGCUGGACUCGCUCCCCAGGCCAGCUGCUCCUGUCCCAGGAAGCCAACAGUGUCCUAUCUGUGUGAAUUUCGGUGGAUCCUGCUCACAGGGUUCCAACUUCAUUACCUGCCCUAAUGGUAUCAAUCACUGUUAUACAGGCAAAAUUUAUGUCCAAGGAGGUGGACUGUCUGCCACAUUAGGCGUUCAAGGCUGCAUGCCUGAAAGUUCCAGAUCCUUAUUGAAUGAAGUCCAGAAGAUUGGGAUCUUCUCUGUGGAGGAGGACUUUGAGGGAAAGAUGAAAGAGCAUCUUCUACUAAAUAGAGGUGCCCCUGCCUGCUACAUGGCUUGGGUAGUGGGCCUGGGGCUAUCUGUAGCUCUUUGGUGUGGGGUUUUCUCCUCCCUGUUAAAUCCAUUUUUCCAUGAUCCUUAGCCCCACCUGACCACCUGAACCCUGUAACCUCAUAGCCUCCUGGCCUGGGACACCAAGUUAUUUUCCCAUCCAUGAAUUAUCAUGUCUCCACACACCUACACACUCUUUCACCUGAUAAUAACAUACAGGAGAGCCUGGGAGCAGCUGAACUUGUCCCUGUGGAAAAGGGGACAUUCAAGUACUGGCCACGUGUGUCU